AUGGAUAAUCAAAGAAAACGUUUCCGCGAGGAGAACUUACAAGAACAACAUGAAGCAAAACGGAGCACAUCCUCAAAUUCUGUGAUGUUGGAAAAUGUACGGAGAAAAAGGGAAGAACUGAAGAAUCGUCUUAAAACAAUGUCGGAAAAAGAACUUACCGGUAAAUCGACGAUUCCAACGACAAAUAACAGUAUUCAGGAUCGAAUUGCAGACUUAAAGAGACGAACGACUGAGCGACUUAAGGGAAUCAGCACAUUACAGCCAGAAAAUAAUGACAAUGACAAGAAACAAAAAGGUGGAUUAAAUGUUGGUAUCCAUCCCGCUCUUUUAGACACGAAUCUUGGAUUGUCAUCCACAAAGGGAAGUCGUGGAGAAAGCAAAAAAGAGUCAGCUUCUACCAUCACAACAGAAAAGUCUAAAAAGGUCCCUUCAAACCAAACCACUCGGCAUGGUUUAGUGCUAGAAGCACCACCAACUCGAGUUGAUGAUGGCUUCUUUGAUCCUCGAGCGCAAGUUGUGAAAAGAACUAGACGCUCAAGACAAUUGCAAUUCACUGAGCAUGGAAAACAUAUACAAGAAGCGGAAGCUCUGCGUCGUCGAGCAAGGCUCGAAGAGCUCAAAAAGAAAAUUGAAUUGCAGUCAAAAAAAACGGGUCUUGCAAAAGGGCUCACAGUUGCGGAGAAAGCUACGCAGCAGGAAGAACCGCCUUUGGUAGAAUGGUGGGAUUUAUCUUUUUUAUCGGAAAAUACUGCAUAUGAAACUGCAAUAGAAGGAGGUUAUGAAAAUAUAUCACACACGAUAAAUGAUCUUAUUCAAAUACCCAUACCAAUAAAACGAGAGGUUGCGGAAGGCACUACCAAGAAAGCCAUUUACUUAACUAAAAAGGAGCAAAAGAAAAUACGUCGACAAACUCGAGCGGAAGCUCGAAAAGAAAAACAAGAUCGACAGUUAUUAGGUUUGGAACCUCCAGAGCCUCCCAAGGUAAAACUGUCGAACUUGAUGAAAGUGCUUGGUAAUGAAGCUAUAAAAGAUCCAACUAAAGUGGAAGCCCAAGUGCGACGUCAAAUCGAGGAACGUCGUUUAAAGCAUGAACAACAGAACGAGGAGCGCAAACUUACAGAUGAAGAGCGAGCCGAGAAAGCCGCUCGAAAACUUGAGGAGGAUGCUGCUCGUGGCUUAUACAGCUUGGUGUUCCGAAUUGAUUAUCUUGCACACAGGCCCCACAGACUAAAAAUCGAUCUGAAUGCGAAACAGCUGGGUUUAACAGGCAUUUGUCUUUUGCAUCCCGACCUUAAUCUUGUAGUCGUAGAAGGGGGACUGAAGGCUGUUAAAAAGUUCAAAAAAUUGAUGCUCGAUCGUAUAAACUGGACUGAUACUUCACGAAAUUCUAUUCUUGCCCAAAACCAUAAACUUGUUGGAGCGGAUGGAAAGGAGCUGGAUUAUAAUCAAAACAAAUGUAUCCUUCUUUGGGAGGGUCAAAUUGGUAACCGACUCUUCAAGUUUUGGUCCUUCAGAACAAGUCAUUCUGAUGCAGAGGCGGUCGAGAUCCUGAAAGAAAGGGGCAAUGCAGAACACUACUGGAACUUAGCUCAAUCCUGGGUUAGCGAAGAAUGA